AUUUUUUCUUUUUGGGGUCAUUCAAGAACACAACCAGAAAAUGACAUGCAUUGCCACGGACCUAACUCGGCGCUACGACGUCAAAGCAACCUAAGAAAGUGCACGCGAUUCUGACACUUCGCUACCAAAAUAAUUUGAAUCCUUCAGAAGGCUUCUUUAGAAAAUGCAACGGAUCGUUUUGUUGUUGGUUAUUUUUCUAGCUCGUGGAUCAGAGUCCCUCGUCAGACCUCGUUACUUUUGCCCUGCUGACUUUGUUCGUCUCGGUAAUGGGUGCUAUUAUUUUAGUUCCUACAUCGCAAGUUGGCAGAAUGCACAUUUUGCAUGUCGCGAUCAUGGAGCUCAGUUAGCAGUACUUGAUAGUCGCUGGGAAGACGGCACAAUUCAAACUUAUCUCUCUCGUCCAGAAUUUGCUCGACUGGAGCGCUGGAUCGGAGGGCUGUAUGAUUGGAGCGGCCAGCGGUGGCUUUGGGGAGCAACUGGACAACCUAUGAACUUUCUGGGUUUUGGUGAAUUAAGCGAAGGGAGAUUACGCGAAUGGCACUGUGUUUACAUGGAUCCUGAACAAGGUCAUAAAUGGAACCAUAAGCUGUGCACAAGAAACCUUCACUAUAUAUGUGAGCUGCCUCUGACUAAAGCAACCCCAGCCCAAAUUUUGCAAUGAAUUGCUUUAACACACAGAAAAAAUUAAUUUCAAACUUACCUUGAUGUAUGUGCAGAGGGCAUCUCCUUUCACCUGCCCAUUUUCAUCUCUGUAGAGCUUUAUUUUAUGCUUUCCACUUUCCAAGUCUUUUUCAACCAUUCCACACUUUUGCAUGAACUCAACCACUUCUUCUUCACUUAUGUCGGAGGGAAGAUUAGUGACAUAGACCUUAGUGUUCUUAGUUUGAUCAACUUCAAACCAAUUUGGCUCACUGGCUUGUUUCUUUUCUAAUUUUGGCUGUGGUUCUUUCUUUUUCGUGUGUGGUUCUGGUACUGGUACUGGUUCCGGCUCUGCAAUUGCAUUCCCACCAUAACUUAACUGAUAUCGAGCAAUAAAUUCUUCAUCUAAUUUUGGAAA